UCCUCAUCCCCUUUUAACUUAUUUCUUCUUUUGGCUGUAUCAGAUAGUGAACCAUGGAAUCAACCAGACCAUACUAGACGACGCCUUGGAGGUUGCGAAAGGCUUCUUCGAGCUGCCUCCAAAGGAGAAAAAUAAGUUUAUGUCAAACGAUGUGUACGCACCGGUUCGGUACAGUACGAGUCUCAAAGACGGUUUGGACAAAAUCCAGUUCUGGAGGAUCUUUCUAAAGCACUAUGCACAUCCUCUUCAUCGUUGGAUUCAUCUUUGGCCUGAGAAUCCACCCGGAUACAGGGAAAAAAUGGGAAAGUUCUGCGAGGAAGUGAGGAAGCUAUCGAUAGAGAUAAUGGGAGCAAUAACGGAGAGCCUAGGGCUAGGGAGAGACUACCUGUCGUCUCGGAUGGAUGAAAACGGCACGCAAGUCAUGGCCGUUAACUGCUAUCCACCGUGUCCGGGCCCUGAGAAGGCGCUAGGCCUGCCGCCGCAUUCAGACUAUAGUUGCAUCACCAUCCUUCUACAGAACUUGGCCGGUCUUAAGAUCUUCGAUCCAAUGGCUCAUGGUGGCUCUGGCCGCUGGGUUGUUGUCCCACAAGUCACAGGUGUACUUAAGGUCCAUAUUGGCGACCAUGUCGAAGUGCUAAGCAAUGGAUUAUACAAGAGCGUCGUUCAUAAAGUCACUUUAAAUGAAGAGAAGACGAGAAUCUCCCUCGCGAGCUUGCAUAGCUUGGAUAUGAACGAUAAGAUGAGUGUACCGUGCGAAUUGGUUAACGAUGAAAAUCCGGUACGGUACAAAGAGAGCAGCUUUAAAGAUUUUCUUGAUUUUCUAGUCAAGAAUGACAUUUCUCAAGGGGAUAGGUUCAUUGACACUCUCAGAAUUAAGGACUGAUCGAGUCGAACACGUUGUGGUUCAAGGUGUGUACGAGUAAGAUAUAUAGCCCGGUUUGGUUUGGUACACGGUAUGACUUAGUCCAUGUCCUUCUACGUUUAAGUUGUGUGUUCAAAUGGACAUGUAUAGAUAUCAAAUAUAUAUAUACUAGAUGAAGACCGCCCGAU